AUGAAAUAACAUGCUAAUAACUAUUUUGUCAAGAAAAUAGCCAAGCCAAUUUCAUAAGUGAGUACUAAUUCAGCAGUUACAAGAUCAAAUGAAUAAAAGCCAAUAUCAUAUUUGACUUAUACAAAUAGUAAACAUAAAAGAAAGAAUGAGACAGCUAUUAAAUUGCCAGAAUUAUAACCUAGCUCAAUUCGUGCAAAAACUGAAUAAGAUUAAACAGCAUAAAAUGAAUUAAAAAGAUCUAUUGUCAUUAUUAGUAGAAAACCAAGUGCAACAUUGGCAUCUUAAAGAAUACAAACUUCACCUUCUAUUCAAAUAUGGGAGCCAGAUUAGAUUUCAUAACAACCAGUAGAAGAAGUCUAAGAAAUAACUAAUAAAUUCUAUGAUGUUCUUUGUGAAGAGUUGUUAUUAAAUAAAAAGCAAUCAAAAAUCAAAGAGAAAAGAAAAAUAUUUUGUAAGACAAUAUUAAAUGAAUAUGAUAAAUUUUAAGAGAAAAGUUCAAGAAUGGUUAGAAAGAUUAUUUAACUUCUUAAAACUCAUAGAGAAGGAAAUGAAGAAAAAGAAAUGAAAAGUAGAACUAUUAUUGAAACUAAAAUGGCUAAAUCUAGUCUAUUCUUUCAUGCUUAAACAUUAUAUUUACCUGAAUAACAUCAAUUUAAUUAAAAAGAACUUCUCUUUCAAUAAUAAUUAUCAGCAAUACCAAAAAGACAUACAAAAUAUAGUUCAUAACUUACAUUAACCUAAUAAGCUGAAUCUUUAAAACCAAUUAAGAGUUUGAUUGAAGAAAUCAAAGAAAAAUAAUAAGAUCCUAUUAAAUAAGCUUCAAUAUGUCUUGUAUCACCUAAACAUCCAUCAAAUAAUAAAAAUAAAAUAAAAUUAAUUAUUGAGUGUCCAGAAGAAUAAAAAUCUAAUAAAUUUGAAUUUUUUAUACCAGAUUAUAUGGAGUAAGAUUAAAUAGUUUCAGUGUAAUUAUUAAAUGAUUAAAUUGAAUCUAAAGAUACUAAAAAGUCAAAUAUUUAUUCUAUGGUUUCAAAAAAUAUGUUUAGCAAGUACUUUUAAGUAAAUAAAUUAGAAAAAUGAAUUAAAUUUAGAAUGUGAGUGAAACAACCAUGGAAGAAUUUAAUUCUGAUAAAGCAACUUAAUUCACAAGAUAUUAUUUGUAAAAUUAUGCUUUAAAAUGUAUCAAUUAAAAGAAAAUCAAAGACAAAAAAGAUUCAGAAUCUCAAUUGAACAUAAUGAAAUAAGAUUCAAAAUAAGAAUAAUAAAUCUUUCUAUCCAAACAACUUCUCGAUUGUUCUAUUACAGUAAUUAUUAUUUUUAUUUAAGAAAGACUUAUAGGCAACUUAAUUUCUUGAAAUUAAUAGCUUUAUUUAUAGAUGUAUUGAACCAUAUGAUUCAUAAGAUUCUAGUAUGAUAUCUGAUGAUAGUUUAAUUGAUGAUAAAAGCUUUAUUGACUCUUCUAUAGAUUAAGGAAUUAAACUCAAAUUCCUAAUAUCAUCAAAAUUAAUUAAUCCAAAUAUAAUUAAAGAUAAAUUCAUCAAAUUUAUGAUAUCAACUAUCUCAGAUGAAUCUAAAAAUAUUUUACUUCAUCAAGAAAUAAUGGCCUUUGCAAAUUAAAUAGAAGAAGUCAUUCAUAUAGAUUAUGAUUUACCUUAAUAACCACGUAAAUCAAAAGCAUUAUUUUUUUAGAUUUGGAAGCACUAAACCGACUAUUCCUUCGAAUUAAUAAAUAUGAUAGAAAGCAAUUUCUUUAAUCUUUUUUUAAGAAAUUUGAAAAUAUUUGUAUUGGAUUAUUUGAAGAUUGCUAUAAACAUUAAUUAAAUAAAAAAGAGAAAAUAUUUGUUAAAUUAUGUUUUCAAUAAUAAGGUAAUAGUUUAACUGAUAAUACAUCAAUAAAAUAUUCCAAUAUGUUGAAAUCUAGACAUCAUCGUGAAACUACAACAGAAACUGUUCCAAAAUAACAAACAAACUUAAUGAUAUUAUCUCUGCCUCCAGUUACAAUAAAAAGUAGAUCAUAAUCUCCUUCUAAUUUUGUAUUUAUAUAAAUUCUAUUAUUAAGAGUGAACCUAGAACUUAGAAAAAUGGUAUGUAAAAUUAAUAAGUACUAUUAAAAAAUAUAUAAAGAAGUAAAUAAUAUAUUCUAUUAAUUAUUUUUAGAAGAGUCACAAAGGUUCUUACAAAUUUAAACUUCAUCAAAAUUUUAAUUAUAGCAAUAAGCUUCUAAAUAAUAAGUCUUAGUAGUGGAUGGGAAAGAAUAAUCAAAAAUUUAGAAGGUUAAAUUGACUUCAUUUUAAAAUAAUCUUAAAUAAUUAUCUAUGGAUCCAUAAUCAUUAUUAUAUAGAAAUAAGAUAAUUGAGAAUACAAAAAAUGUUGUUAAAAGUUUACAAGAAAGAAUAUUUCUAAUGGUUGAAGAACAUAAACUUUUAGAUUUGAAAGAAAUUCUUAAAUUAGAAACAUCAAUUGAUGUCAAUUAUCAAAAUGAUGAAGGUAACACAAUGCUAAUUUCAGCAUCAAAAUGUGGAGCAGUAUUAAUUGUAGAAUUCUUACUUAAAAAUGGGGCUGAUGCUUCAAUUUAAAAUGUAUAAUUUAUUUUAACAAUUUUUAGUAUAAUGGGUUAACAGCCAUGGAUAUGGCAUUAAAAAAUUAUUAAUUCUAAACAGCAGAUAUUAUAUAUAAGUAUCUUUAUCCAGAUAAUAAAAAUUUAUGA